AUGACCAUCCUUGAUAGCUGCCCUCACACAGGUGGGCUAGACUAUCCUUUUGAGAGGAAGGAAUAUAAUCGGUUCGACAGGUGGGCUCGAGCCACUUUGGCAUGCGAGCUUGGUUUAGCCAUUGCGGCAGAAGCCCUCCGAACCGCCCACAAGCAGCGAGAGCUCGCCGGAGUUAUACUGAAACGUCUCAAAUCACUGCUUCUCCCGUCGGAAUCCGCCGCAACAAUCUUCGAAAGACUAGGCUUACACUUCACCGAAGCUCUGCAAAUCCUCCUCGCCGGAAAAGGUCCCACCUUUAAUCUCCCUCCCGCCGGCGACGAGCCCUCUGCUCUCCAGCUGAUGCAGGACAUGUCGCCGUACACCAGCUUCGGCCAUUUCACCGCCAAUCAAUCCAUCCUCGAAGCCGUCAAUGGAUCCCGCCGAGUUCACAUCAUUGAUUUCGACGUCAAGGAGGGGCUUCAAUGGGCCUCGCUGAUGCAAGCUCUGGUUUCUGAUAAAAAUGGCACCUUUACUUCACACAGUCUCCGAAUCACCGCGAUUGCCGGCGGGAAAUCGACGGUGAAGGUUGAAGAAACAGGGCAAAGACUGACUGCCUUUGCGUCAUCCGUAAACCUUCCGUUCACAUUCGGCCAUUGUAAACUCGGAUUGAAUCAGAGAUUCCGGCCGGCUGCUCUGAAGCCGAUUGAAGGGGAAGCAAUAAUACUGAACUGUGUUCUUCACUCACCGCAAGCUCCACACCGCUCCGCCGCCUAUAUCAAAUCAUUCAUCAGCAGCGCAGCGGCCGUCGGAGCGAGCUUGGUGACGGUGGUGGAGGAGGAAAGCGGGGGAAGAAAAGCAGAGGGGUUUAUGGGGAGGUUUGUGGAUGAGAUGGAGAGGUAUUGGGUGAUGAUGGAAGCGGUAGAACAAGGGUUUCAGAAGCAGAGGAGGGCGAGGAAGAUGGUGGAGAGGGAGAUAUUUGCUCCAAGAAUCGUGGCGGCAGUGAGUAGGGUUUGUUGUGAGGAAGAAGGAGGAGGAGGAGGAGUUGGGGAGUGGAUGGCGGGGGGAGGAUUCCGGCGAGUGGGUUUCAGUGGGUUCAAUGUCUCACUAGCUUUAAUGCUGGUUAAGCUGUUCGGUGAUGGAUAUGAGGUUGAAGAAGAUGGUUCUAAUAAGCUUGUUUUGAGAUGGAAGUGGCGGCGGCUUGUUUCGUCCUCCGCUUGGUCGCCGGCGACGAUGAAGAAUUGCUUGUAA